CCUGUCGGUCGGAUUGUUCUAGCAGCAGGACUCGGACUGUGAGAAAGGUACCGGGAUGAGUCUGACCCCGCAGGUGUUUUGGGCACAGAGGCACCAUGAGUUGUACCUCCGGGUGGAACUCAGCGAUGUGCAGAACCAAGAAAUCAGCAUAUCUGAAAAUGUCCUGCAUUUCAAAGCUCAAGGACAUGGUGCUAAAGGAGUUAAUGAUUAUGCGUUUUCCUUGGAAUUUUUUGAGCCUGUAAAGUCCAAGUUUCAGCACCGAUCCACGCAACGACACGUUUGCAUCACUGUGAAAAAGAGCGAACACUGCUGGUGGUCUCGCCUGACUAAACAGGAGCGCAAGCCACUUUUUUUGUCCCCAGAUUUUGACCGUUGGCUUGAUGAAUCCGAUGCAGAGAUGGAGCUACGAAAAAAUGAAGAAGAGAGAAUAUCAAAAAUCAGGACAGAAUCCAGAGUGCGGGAAGAUC